CGGACCAAUCAGAGCGCUCCGCCACUGACGGACCUCCGUGAGGCCAGGCGCAGUUAGUUAGGCACCGACACCAGAGGAACCAGCGUCAGUCAGUCAGCUCCAGGUUCAGAAAGUUAAAUUCACACUUUUGCGCGUUUUUCCCCCCCCCCCUUCCUUGGAUAGUAAUUCUGAAAUUUCCACUGCGGGGUUUAGAUGAACUGUCACAUAUUUGAGAACAUCUGAGAACAUCUCGGUGGUUUUUUUUUUAUUUUUUUUUUAUCCCCCUUCUUCUUUUCUUGUCUACCUCUGGAUUAUCAGCAAGCCUGAUGGAGAGGAAAGAAAACUGAGAUCGGAAGAGCUUUUGGAACAAAAAAAAAAAUUUAUAAUAAUAAUCAAGUCAAAUAAAACAAGUGGCACAUCUAGCAGCAGCGGUUCAAUCUGUUCUCAUCAUCUUCUGCCACGAUAACGGGCUGCCAUCAGAGGAGCGCGGAGAUGUACAGUGCGCAGGCUCUCCACAGCAUCAAACCCCAGAGCAGCGCACAGAUCUGAUUGUCGACUUGUUAACCUGGAGAGUGUUUUGGCCAUCAAGCCUUUUAAAGACAACAAGAAGAGAAACACCCCCCCGUGGAGUAAUAGUCAUUGGAUGAACUGCUGCUUUGUGGGACUCUUUAUUUCACAACCAAACCCUCCUAAGAAGGUUAGAGGAGCAUGUAAGUGAAACAAGUGGAGCCCUCGGUGAUUUCAGCAUUCUGUCUCCCCCAUCUGUGCCUACAUUCUCUGCUACAGAUAGGGACGUUUUGAUAAUUACAUAUAAUUAUAAUUUCUGUGGGAGACAGAUCUGCCUCUGUCUAUUAUUGCCAACACCUCCAGUACAAUAACUUCACACAUUUACAUAUCUCUCAACAAAAGUGAUAUUCUCUGAACCCCCUGGAGAUAAAUCAGGAAUAAUUCUGCUCCGACUGACAUGUCACAUGCAAAAGCAAUGUGCCAUUCAUCUCAUAUCUAUUUAAGGAUACAGCUGAGUGACAAGGGCGACUUUUUUUUCUCAUAAAAAUCUGCCUGAAAACCAUGGCAUUUAGCUCUUGUUGCUGCACGUUUUAAAAGGCCGGCAGUCGUUCUGCUUCAUGUGUGCUCGUAAUUUUUUCCGCCUUCUAGCACAUAAGCAGAGCCUUCCUCAUUAUCACCCACAGUCCAGUCACAGUAACGGCUUGUGCCAGGCGAGCGCUGACCAAACUGAUCCCGAUGGAGUCCUCCGAAAUGAGUCUGCAUUAAUGGACAAUAUUGAUCCACAUUGUUUGACGGGCAUAAAAUCCCCAAAUUCGUUAGAGCAUUAUUCUCGUACGUUUCUUCUGAUAGUAGUAUCUGCCUACAAAUUAAUUAAGUGUUGAAUGUAGAAAGUGCCAGACUGAACUAGUUAGCGGAAGAUGAAUAGAACAGACAAAACACUCCCUGUGAACCAUUUCUCAAGUGCCAGAGUCAGCAGACGAAUGUACAGGAGUGUCUUGUUUUAUUGAAUCAAUUUGGUACUCAUAAAGGACUAUUGGGGCCAGGAAUUGAAACCGUAUCCAACAGGGUAUUUUUAAGAGAGAUGAGAACAAAGCUAUUAUGCUUUCGGGAUCCUUCAUAAGACGCAAUAAAAACAAUUUUAUUACCAUUACCAUUAAAUACUAACACACACACACACAAAUGCGCUCAUAAACUGACGGAAGGAGGCUUUUUCUUUUAAAAAUGAUAUUAUUUAGCAUUCCUGAAUGAAAUCCGCGAUACAUCGUUGACAUCCAGAAGGCUGUACAUUAAAUUCUUCACAUGGCGUUUUAGUGGGUUAAGCUGGAAAAGCGGAUAAAGCUUUGUAACUACAUUGACUCAACAACAGAAAAUAGGUGUCUUAGUCAUGUAAAAAUGACGCCCACCACCUAUCUCCGAGUCCUCGCCGUCUCCCUGCUCUCCCUCUUUGCUGCCCCUCUUACCAGCGCGGUGGAGCCCUCUUCGUCCCCUCCUCCUCAGCAUGUAGACCGCUCAGGGAGGCCGUUCACCGAGCAGCCGGACGCCGAUUCCAGCUCCUCUCUCCUGCUCCUUGCCAUCCAGGCCAAUGCCAGGCCAGCCGCUCUCCGAAGCAAACCCAAAGCCCCCGAGGAGCCUCCAGACACCUCAGAGGGAGUUCUGGAACCGCUUCCCAAGCCCCUGGCUCAGGUGACGUUUCCGAAGAAUGCGACCUCUCCAGAGGGUCUAGGGGACCAUUUUGGAGCAGCCCACUUCCCACCUCGCAUCAUGGAUGGAUGGACAGAUGUUUGUUGGGGUUACUACGACGUGAUGGGACACUUUGACAAUCCUUUCAACUGCUCCAAGGACUCCUACAUCUACUGCUGCGGAACAUGCCACUACCGCUUCUGCUGUCCAGACCAAAGCCGCAAGCUGGUGCAGGACCUCUGUACAAACUACAACUCUCCAGACUGGGCCAAGCCACAGACAGAGGCCAUGAUGAUCCCAGAGGAGGUGGGUCCCGACCCGGACUACGAUCCGCUGAAGCAGCAGAGCCACAACACGGGAUUUGUCAUCGGUGGCGUUGUUGUGUUCAUGGUGGCCGUCGCUGUGGGUAUCAAGGUGUGUUUCAACAAGGUCCAACAGGAGGCCAACCAGAGAGAUCUGAAUAUGCCCAGAGCCCUGGUUGACAUGUUGCGACACCAGUCCAGUCCGGUCCAGCAGGACGAAAGAAACAACAGCGUGGCUCUGACUGUAGCGGACGGACAGGGGACGCUGGGAAGAGCUCCGAAAAACCUCUACGCCCCGGGAGUGCCCAGCAAGGACAACAGAUUGGGCAAUCUGCAGCACAAUUUCAUCCACUCAUCAGGCUCCAGCCCCAAACACACUGCGACUAUCGAGCGCACCCCUCGGAUGAACAAUGCUCAGCUGGCAGCUGGAGGCACCCUGCUUUCCAGUAAACACAACAACACCAAGUCCCAGCCGUCCUUCCACCACUCCCUGCACAACCUGGCCCAGCUGCCGCCCUCCUACGAAAGUGCCACCAAGCCCGAGCUCAACAGAUACUCCUCACUCAAACGCCUCGAGAAAGGACUCGAUGAGUACUCGUCUGGUUACUGCACCACCAAGCGCCGACCCCACACGGCUCAGCCGGCCCUCCAGUCCUCGCAGCACCACCUCCACUGGGGUGGAGACUACACCCUCAGUGGGAGAGGAACCCUCCCCAGACACGCCAUCCGUCCCUGGAUCCCACCGCCCCCCUCUGGCAUGCCUGCCUCCCCCACACCCAAUCCUUACCCUCUGGACCCUCCUGAGCCCCAGUACAAUCCCAACUACGACACUCUGUCCAAGCCUCCGAGGAAAGUGAAGUCCAGCGAUCAGCUGCUCAACAUGGGCGACGUCCCCGGCAACACCGGGACGCUGUCUCGGAUGUCCAAGAACCAGCAACACCAGUACCACAAAGCCAUGGCGGCCUCCAACAAGAACACCAACAUGCAAACCCUGACCAGGAAGACGAAGGACAGGCAGGAGAUUCAGGACAGGCAGGAGAGGAUGCUCAUGUCCCCGGAGCACCUGGAGGACAGGAUGGGGGUCAGCGGGAUGGGAGUGGUGGACCCCUACGCCCACACGGGAACCGGCAUCGUCCCAACGCUGCCGCGGCAGCAGAAGGCCCAGUCCCAGCAGAACGUGUGCGCCACGCCUUCCCUCGACCGGCACCACAUGAUCAAGAUGAACUCUCACCCCACGUCUGGCCGGGAGCAGGAGAGGAGCACGGGCAUGACGAGUCACGUGAGCGGGGGCGUGGGCUGGUCGGGGGAGGUGCCCGGAGCCGGGGUCGUCAUGGGAACGGGAACGCUGGGGGGCCACAGCGCCAGGAGGAUGGCUUUCGCAGCGAAAAGGCAGAACACCAUCGAGCAGCUACAUUUCAUACCAGGAGGAGGAGGAGGAGGCGGCGCCGGUGCCGGCGGGGGGUCUGCAGGAAGCGCAGGAGGCAGUCAGGGGAUCAGGACGGGCAGUAAGAACGAGGUGACGGUGUAAGGUAAAAAUCCCUUAGACGCAGGGGAACAGAUCACCCUUCUGCAUUUAACUAUUAGAUACAACUACAGAUAAACCUAGAAGUAUUCAGUAGUAACAGUAAUGUGUUUAGGCUAUUCAAAUUAGUUUUUUCUUUAAUCAGAUUAGCUUGAAUAUGACUACCUAUAAAACUAAAAGUCUAGGUGGGGACACCUUUGUGAUAGCCUACAUCAGCCAUAUUUUCUAACCGAUUUUUGCCAUAUCGCCAUAUACAGCAGUGCCAUUACUCGUAGAAGGACUGGUGAAACAAAACCAAUAGAGGAGUAGUUCAUGAUUUAGUUUUUCUAUAUCUAUAUAUAAAUAUAUACAUAUACACACACAUAUAUACAUAUAAAUAUGUUUUUCAAGAAGUACUCAGGAGCCAUAUUAGAAAUAAAGAAUGAGACGUUAAAAACUUGGUUUAAGGAAGCAGAGGACUUCAGAGGAGAGAGCCAGCUGCCUGGACUGAUGUCGACGUGUUAGGCUGAGGAAACCAGAUCAGUGUCAAAGACCAUUGUGCCUGCAUGGUGAAACAUUUUGGAUAUUUUACAUUCUGCAGAACAAAACCUCAUCCUGACACAAGGAGACUGAACUGCGCUUUUUGCUUCCUAAUUUGGUGGUCAAGGCUGUUUUCCAGCAGGACUCCUCGCCUGAAUUUCAAACCGAGGACGGACCCAAAAUUAACAAUCCGACACCUGGGUUGCCUAAUUUUUCCACGUGACCUUAGAUUUUAAAUCGUCAGAGGAACGCAAAACUCUGACCACAGCGACGCUACAAGGAAGCCAAGAUUCAAGAACGGUACAGGGUCAUUUUCUGGGGUGAGGGGGCUGAAGUUUUCCCCUGCUGUUUCCAUUCACAGAUCAGGCCCUACCAAAUAAUACCGAGCCAUGUGUUUUAAUAUUACCCAAAAC